GCGCGCGCCGCGGCACCUGCUGGUGUGCGAGCGGGGCCACGCGCGCCACCCGCGCUCGCGGCACGCGGCGCACGUGCGGGACCACGCCUACAGCUGCCGCGUGUCUUUUCUGAUCCCGGAAUGUGGCAUGCUACCUGAAGUGCUGAAAAGCACAAUUGCAGAUAUUGGAGAGUACUACCUGGUGAGGAAUUUACCCGUUCAUGAAUUGGUUGCUCAUGAAUUCAUUGAUGCUUUCGUGAAGAGAGGUUCAUGCUACGCACUUUCCUAUAAGACAAAAAUUGAUCAAGAUAAUACUGCAGCUCUGCUACCAAAUGGUAAACUAAUUCUGUCAGUGGAUAAGGAUACUUAUGAGGAGCUUGGACUGCAAGGUCGGCCUUCUCGGUAUUCAGGAAAAAAAGUAAUGAGAUAUAUUGUCACUAUUGACUUGACUGAUGCUGGCUUUCACCCUGAAAGCAAGAAACAUAACAGAGUGCUUUGGGCGUUGAAAGAAAAGAAACCUUUAGAAUUUGACUUCCUACUGGCUUGGUAUAAUACAGGUGCAGAGGGAUCAACACUGAUGUCAUACUUUUCAAAAAACCAAAUACAGGCCCUGAAGCCAAAAAUAACAUUCAGCACCUUAAGGGACUUGCAAUGUCCAGUGUUGCAAAGUAAUGAUCUACAAGGAAAACCAGAGGAGUCCUGCAGUACAGAGGAGCUCUUUGAAUGGCUGGGUGCUGUCUUGAAUCAAGUUAGCUUAGACAACAAAUCCUCCAGCUUCUUAUCAACCUAUUGCUGCCCUGAGCCCAACACAGUGGUGGAAAAAGCUUUUUUGUGCACAAUCACAGGCUUUAUAAUUCCUGAGAAGAUUAUUCAGUUAUUGGAGCAGCUGUGUUGCUAUUUUAGUGAACCAAAACUGGCAUAUUGGCUGACCUUAACUGUGCAUGGCUUUGCAGACAGCCCUGUUUCCUGGAGAGAAAAUGAACAUGGUUUCCAUAAAGGAGGAGAGAACCUGUACAACUUUGUAAUUUUUAGAAAUCUGGACUACUGGCUUCAGAUGGCCGUAGGAGCUCAUGAUGAUUGCCCUCCAUAAAGCUGUGUCCACAGGAGAAGUUCUCAAAUAAUCCCUUGUUACUGACAGAAAAAUAAUAAAAUAUUUUUUGUACAAAUAGUAAUGUAACAGAUUAA